AUGUAAAAAUUAUUUGGUUCUACGUAUGAUUAUCUAACAAUAAGUUUAAAUUAAGCAAGUACAAUUAGUCAUCCUGGUAUUUGUAAAAUUUAAAUUAUAGCUUCUUAUGUAAAAGAAGGAACAGGGAAAUAAGGGAUUAGAAAGAUAUAUGGAAAUGGAGGUGGUGGAGUACCAUUUGAUUAAUUUGAAUAACAAAUGCUAGCCUAAUUGAAAUAAAAACUAAAUGGAAUGGCUAGGUAUUAGUUUAAUGUGAAAAAAAAAUAGUCAUUAUCCUGAUAUAUUAUUAUAUCGUUUCUUGUAUUCAUUUCGUUUUAGUUUAGAUGAUACUUAUAAUGGAAUCAAGAAUCAUGAGGAAUGGUUGAAUAAUCCUUCAACAUUCUAAUUGAAUAGUGGAUCCUAGGCGAUAUUGGUAUUGUUAUAAGAUUGAAUUCUAGGACAAAGGAAUUAUUUAUUUGGGUGGAAGGGAUAAAAAAUAUAGACCUUCAGUGAUUUUCUAGGUAGGUUUGAUUGAUUAAAAAAAUAUAAAAGUUGAAGAAUUUUUAGCAGCUUUAAACACCGUUUUUAUGAUAACAUAACAAUAUUGUUUUUAUGAAGGAUAUGUUGAAAAUUGGAUAAUAUUGAUUGAUACAGCUGAAUUAGGUCUAUUAAGUUUACCUGUUGAAAUUUUAAAGAAGAUUAUCUCAACAGCUGCUGCACAUUAUGUUGGAAAUUUAGAAAAAUUAUAUCUCUUAAAUCCAUCAAUGGGUCUUAAUAUGUCAUGGAGUUUAGUAUCUAGUAAUUCAAUUAUUUAUUAUUCUUAGAAUUUAUUGAUGAUAGAUCUAAUAAAAAAAUAUAAUUCCUCUAAAAAAAAGAAUUCUCAAAAUUAUAAGAAUAUUUUGAUCCAAGUUAAUUAGAAGUAUAAUUUGGAGGAACCAUGCCUAAAAUUAAAUAAUAUUGGCCUCCAUAACCAACUAUUUAAAUUGAAAAACCUUAAUUAUAAAAGUCAUCAUAUUAAAUUUAAAAUAAUGAACAUUAUGAACCAAGUAUUAGAUCAUAAAAAUCAAAACGAUCAGAAUCAUAUAAUUAAUAACAAUAUUAAACAUAUUAAGCACCAUUCAAAAAACCAUAAUAAGAAUACAAUCUAUAAGAAUCUAAAAAAUAAGAAUAUUAUGAUUCCACAUUAAAUCUACCAGUUGUAUAACCAACUUAAUAAACACCUAAUAAAUUUAUACAAUCAAUAUAAAUUGAAGAAAGACCAUCUCAAUUAACAUAGAAUUUUGGUUAUGAAAGCAGUAUAUAAAAACCAUAAAGAUUAGAAUUUUAAAAAAUUAAUUCAGAGUCAUCUCGUGAAAUUUAACAAAUGUCUUUCUAAGAUUUACAUUUUGCUUCAUAACCAUAAUCUAAUUAAUAAUCAAAUCAUGGAAAAUAGAGUUAUAGAUAAAAUAUAGAAGAUAGACAACUUUCUAAAUUUCCAGUCAUUGAAGAAGAACCUUAUGAAAGGAAAAGUUAAUUCAUACAAUAAUCUAAUGCAUUCCCUAGUGAAUCUAAAAAUUUCGUUGAAGAACCUUUGGAUUCAAAUCAAUUUAGAUAAUCUCAAACUUUAAGAAAAUCCUAUAAAUAAUAUCAUUUUUCAAAAUCAGAAUUUCAUCCACCAUAUCCCAAUGCUUUGCCUUAAGGACCAGUAGUUUUAGGAACUUCAAAGAUUUAAGAAGAACCAUUGUAGAAAAAGGAAAAUAAGUUUAUACCUUAAUCUAAUUAUUAAUAAGCUAAACCAUAAGAAAUCAAACAAUAUUAAAUGAAUUUUCAAUAAUAAGAAUUAUAAGCUCCACCAUAAUAUAGUCUUAAAAAGAAAACUGUUCAUUUUUAAGCAAGAGAUGGUAAAUACACAGCUUGUGAUAUUUUUUGA